AUGUUGGACAAGCCGCCGCACGCGGUCUUCUUGGAGGUGGACGGGCGGCGGCUGGACCCCGGCAACGUGUUCCUGCCGGUGCUGGAGGGCUCGGCGCUCGCCGUGGGCUGCGUGGCCGAGGGCGGAGAGCCGCCGCCGCGCCUCUCGUGGCGGCUGGCGCUCGCCGGGCACACGCAGCCCGCCGCGCCGCUGCCCGCCGCGGCCCACGUGCUGCGCUCCGAGGCGCGGCUGGCGCGGCUGCUGCGCGCGCACCACAACGCCAGCGUCGCGUGCCUCGUGCAGCACCCCGCGCUGCCGCAGCCCGCGCUACAGGUCUCGCUGCUGCUCGACGUCCAGUACAGCCCGUCCUUCGCCAUCAGCCGCACGCCCGGCUUCGGCUUCCCGCUGCUGGAGGGCAUGGCCGUCUCCCUCAAGUGCGACGUCGACUCCAACCCGCCGUCCAGCCCCGUCUGGGUCAAAGAUGACGGCGCGCCGCCGGUAGCCCAGUCCAACGAUGGUUUCCUCAACUUCAGCUCCAUCAGCCGCGAGCACAUGGGCUGGUACAAGUGCACCAGUCGCGACGCCAGCUCCAUCGGCUACUACCUCAACGUCAUCUACGACGGCGAGGCCGGCGUGGAGGAGGACGCAGCAGGUGGAGUCGGCGUCGCUGGCGGCGGCGGCGGCAGCGGCGGGGAGGCCAUGUCAGCGGUGGGCGCGGGCCCGCAGCUGUCUCUGGAGCGCGUGCUGUACCAGGAGGCGGGCGUCUACCGCUGCGAGCCGGACCGCCGCGCGCAGGGGCUGCUCGACCGGCGCCGCGCCGCGCUCAGCGUCCGCCUCAACGUCACCGCUACUGCAUCCGUUUACAGCUGCCUACUUUGCACAUUUGACUUGUAUUCGGAAGCACGUAGCACCGUCUGUGCAGUUUUGAAGUUCGCUGCCUGCCACUUCCACGGGCGUGCAGGCAGUGCAGCAGUGUGGCAGUGCGCGGCGCCUGCAGCUGGCCGCGGGCUGUGUGUUGCAGGCGCGCCGGUGGUGCACCCCAGCAACGCGACCGUGUCGGCGCGCAGCGGCCAGAGCGUCACGCUGCGCUUCGAGUUCUGCGCCAACCCGGCGGCGCAGCGGGCCCUCUGGCUCGUGUCGUCCGCCGCCGCCGCGGCGCUGCUGCGGCCCGGAAACGCCACCGGCCGCCUCACCGCCCACAACCUCACCGCCGGCAGUUCGCCGCUGUGCCGCGAGGCUGCGCUGACGCUGGCGGCGGCGUCGCCGUCGGACGCGGGCGAGUACUCGCUGGUGGUGCGGUCGCCGCGCGGGCUGGCCGAGGGCAGCGUGCUGCUCGCCGUGACGCGCGCCUCCGGCCUGGGCGUCGCAGCGGGUUACGCCAGGGCCGGGCAGUCCGCCUGCCAUGCAGUGAAGCCGGGUCGCCAGGGGGCGCGCUUCGCGCUGCGACAGGCGGCGGCCAUCAAUCAUACUCGCAGCAAACGCGCCCGCCCGGGGACGAGGAUAACGCCCAAUGGAAAACCUGCCCAGGCCACGCGCCGCUACUGGGGAUGCUCGAAGGAGGAGGUGGAGCAGCGACCUCCAUGGGCGAUGGCGGCGGUGGUGGCGGUGGCGGCGGUGGGGGCGGCGUCACGGCAGCCUCAGCGUCCAUCGGUUAUGGUGAAACGUCCCCUUUGA